AUGAAAAACUCGCAGGGCGACACUUUACGGGUGCAUCUUGAUAAGUAUCGGGAUAUCGUUGGUCUCCGUUCGACACGGUGUCAACGCAAGUACAACCAGGAUCGAUACAAGGUUCUUGUCCUGGACGCACCGAAAUUGGAGACGGAUCCCACUACCACCACGACUGCAUCCACUACAACAACCAACAGCAGCACAAGAGCGAUCUCACAGAUGGAUGCGGAUCAGAAGACCCUCUUCUACUUUGCGAUAUUUGACGGCCACGGAGGAUCCAACACCGCCGACUACCUGAAAGCCAACUUGGACGUAUAUAUCGAAGCCGCCAAACCAGGGAUGGUCCCCAAGGUGAUCAAGGAUCUUCGCAAACUCGGAGGUUACUUUCGCAACUUCCGUCCUCACUUUCUGGAACCGUUCUUACCAGCGGAUUUCGAGACGAAGGGAUCAAGAGAUGCGGCAGAUCGAGCGAGACAGCAGCGGAAGGUUCAUAUCCCAGGGAAGGGAGGGCAGGUCAAACCGAUGAUCUUUAUACCCCAUCCGAACGCCACCGAGGAGGAGCAGAACCAGGAAUUGGAGACUUUGGAGAGUCAAGCGACGGCUGCUGGGACGGCUUUGAGAGGCCCUACUCCAGCCCCGACGGAGGUGCCAUUGUCUGAAGAGCAGCGUAGCCAGAAGGAGCGCGCGGCAACCAACAAACCUAGGGUUGAAAUGCCACAGGAAGAAGAAGAAGAAGAGGAUGAAUACGACGAAGAUGAUGACCCCUUUGAGAUUAUCAGGAGGAGGAACUUGAACAGGACGUCGCCCCUACCAGGAGGAACAACAGCCUACUUUGGGACAGAUCGAUCCGAAUACGCCUCGUUGAGUCUUCGGGCAGAGGAUCUCGCCGAGAAGGAGAAGCGGGAAAAGGCAGCGACUGCAACACCAACACCCAUCCCGACGACAAUGACGCUCGAACAACGACUCUGUCUGUCUUUCCUGCAGUGCGACGCAGAGCUGAUCCGGGACAAGUAUCAGGACGGCUCCACGGCUUCGGUGGUCAUUGUCCAAUCGAAGGGUGCCUUCUGGGAAACAAAGGAUGAUCUGGAUCUGAUUCUGGCACAUGUUGGUGAUACCCGUGUCCUGCUCUGCGAAGCCCCUCGAGGCGAGAGUAUUCAACUCACCACAGACCACCACCCGGAUGCCAUUGUAGAAGCUGACCGUAUCCGCAAAAUGGCAGCAUAUGUGAGCGCUGACUCGUUUGGCGAAAACAUGUUCCUGGGACAACUGGCCAACACGCGAGCACUGGGCGACAUUGCCAUGAAACCCUUUGGAGUCUCUGCAGAGCCAGAGCUGAUCCGCAGAACCGUCAAAGCCAGCGAGGCCGCUUUUAUGGUGUUGAUCUCGGACGGCAUCUCGAGCGUCAUGUCCAACCAGGAAGUCGUCGAUUGUGUAAAGCUGGAAGAAAACCCGACCCAGGCCGCUGCCUUUGUUUUGAACCUUGCAGAACAUUUGGGGGCCGAGGAUAACUGCACCGUCAUGGUCGUGAAACUACCAGCAUGGGGUGCCAAGAUGCCUGACCUGUCCAAAGAACUCCGAGAAUACCGGUGGCAAAGCGAAGCCCAGCACUCAAGAGCAAGAAGACGAUAG